GUUACAUAAAUCUUCACCUUCCCCAAGAGAGAAAAAUCCUCACUCUCCUCUUCAGCCAUGUACCCUUUCACUUGUUAUUCCCUUUUCACCUUCUGAGUACUUUCUCUUCUCUCCCAUGGAGCCGUAAUGUAAUGGGUCUCUGUCCCUUUUUUUUUUUUACCGUUCCCUGAAGUUUUUUUUUGCUGAGACAUGGAGGAAUCUUCGUUUGGGCGUUUGGUGUUUAUGCUCUGUCUGGUUCUGUCUGCGUUGUGUUUGGAAAGUUCGGACAAGAACUCAACCGCUUCUGUCUACAUCGUCACUCUAAAGAACGCUCCUUUGGCUCAUUCCUUCGGUGAAGAACUGAGAAGGGUCGGUUCUCGUCAUGGUUCUGCCGGAAUUUACAGAACGUGGAACAUUUCUCGGUCGGAGGGGGGAAAAGGCGCGUCAAUAGUUCGUGUUCAUGAAUCUCUACUGAGAAAUGUGUUGAGAGGGGAGAAUUAUCUUAAGCUCUACAGCUACCAUUACCUCAUCAAUGGAUUCGCCGUCAUCAUUACCCCACAACAGGCGGAACGACUUGCCUCGAGAAGAGAAGUGGCGAAUGUGGUUAUGGAUUUUCCCGUUAAGAUAGCGACUACUCACACUCCACAGUUCUUGGGACUGCCACGAGGGGCAUGGCGCCGUGAAGGCGGGAUCGAGAAUGCCGGGGAAGGAAUCGUUAUAGGCUUCGUUGACACAGGCAUUGAUCCUACACAUCCUAGCUUCAGUGACAAAUCCGCAAAUCAUCGGUAUCCAAUCCCUCCUCGUUUUACGGGAGUUUGUGAAGUUACAAAGGAUUUCCCACCCGGUUCUUGCAAUAGAAAGCUCAUUGGAGCCCGCCAUUUCGCUGCAUCGGCUAUCACUCGAGGGAUUUUCAAUUCAUCUCAGGACUACGCUUCACCGUUUGAUGGCGAUGGUCACGGGACGCACACAGCUUCCGUUGCAGCGGGAAAUCACGGGAUUCUUGUGGUGGUUUCUGGUCAUCACUUUGGAAAUGCAAGCGGAAUGGCUCCCCGUGCCCAUAUCGCAGUUUACAAGGCAUUGUAUAAGAGGUUUGGAGGUUUUGCUGCAGAUGUCAUUGCAGCCAUUGAUCAGGCAGCUCAAGAUGGGGUUGACAUAAUAAACCUUUCGAUCACGCCCAAUAGGCGCCCUCCCGGGAUAGCAACGUUCUUCAACCCGAUCGAUAUGGCUUUGCUUUCAGCUGUGAAAGCCGGGAUUUUCGUCGUGCAAGCAGCCGGAAACACUGGACCAGCCCCUAAGAGCAUGUCUUCCUUCAGUCCAUGGAUCUUCACCGUCGGGGCUGCAUCUCACGAUAGAGUUUACAGUAACUCGAUAAUCCUCGGAAACAAUAUCACCAUUUCUGGAGUCGGGCUUGCGUCUGGUACGAGAACAAUGCACAAGCUCGUUUUAGCCGUUCACGCACUGAACAACGGCACAACCAUCACCGACGAUAUAAAUGUUGGGGAAUGCCAAGAUUCGAGCAGGUUCGAUCGAAAUCUGGUUCAGAGGAAGCUUCUGAUCUGCAGCUAUACAGUCCGGUUCAUUCUCGGGCUCUCCACCAUCAAGCAGGCCUUAGGAACGGCCAAAAACCUCUCAGCAGCCGGGCUUGUGUUCUACUUGGAUUCUUCUGUCACGAGUUUUCAGCUUGGUCCAACCCCGAUGGAUAUCCCGGGCAUCAUAGUUCCUUCCCCUCAAGAUUCCGAGGUUUUACUCCGAUACUACAACUCUUCUCUGUCGAGGGAAAACGUUACGAGAAAGAUUGUCGGGUCCAAUGCAGUUGCUAAAAUCGUUGGUGGAGUGAAGCCUAUGUAUGGAAAUACAGCUCCCAAGGUAAUGUAUUUCUCGGCCAGAGGACCCGACCCGGAGGACGAUUCUUUCAAAGAUGCUGACAUAAUGAAGCCUAACUUAGUAGCUCCCGGAAACUCGAUAUGGGGAGCAUGGAAUCCUCGUGGUAUCGGUACCGUCGAGUUUGAAGGCGAGAGUUUCGCGAUGGUAUCGGGAACGAGCAUGGCAGCUCCUCAUGUGGCCGGGAUUGCUGCACUCAUCAAGCAAAAGUUCCCGAAUUUGAGCCCUGCAGCCAUCGGAUCCGCCCUUUCUACAACCGCGUCUCUAUCAGACACGAAGGGCGAGCAUAUAAUGGCGGAACGCUCGUAUAUUGAUCCAGAUGCGAACCAAUCACCUGCAACGCCCUUCGAUAUGGGCAGCGGUUUCGUCAAUGCAACUGCAGCCCUUGACCCGGGUUUGGUUUUCGACAUAGGUUUCGACUAUUACAUGUCGUUCCUCUGCGGUAUCAACGGAUCGUCUCAGGUGGUUCUGAACUACACUGGCGAGAGCUGCUCGGCCUAUAACUCGUCUUCAGUCACGGCUCUCGAUCUGAACUUACCCUCGAUAACGAUAGCUCGGCUCGUUGGCACCCGGACCGUUCUAAGAUCCGUGACUAACGUGGCAGGGACGGAGACCUACAACGUCGGUUACAUGGCUCCGGACAGUGUCUCAGUCAAGGUCUCUCCAACAAGAUUUUCUAUCCGAAAUGGCGAAACUCGGGUUCUUAGGUUCGAUUUCCGGGCGAGGAAGAACGUCUCGGUGGCGAGUUUCGGGAAAAUCGGGCUGUUCGGAGAUAGAGGGCACGUUCUGAACAUUCCUGUAUCUGUAAUCUUCAAGAUGGCUUCAUGAGAAAAGGAGCGUUACAGCAAAAGGGCUUGAAGGAGACAGGAAGUUCAUAUUCUUUUGUUGUGUGUUUUGUUUGUAGUUUUUAAGGUUUAGAGAGAUUGUGUUAGUGGCGAUUCUUUCAUUCGAUUUAUCAUGUAAAUGUUUUUUGAGUGCUGUUUUUUUUUU